UUAAAAAGGUGUGUACUUCGUUGUGAAAAACGUACAACUAUGGAGACGAAAGAUUCAACGAAUGCUUCUGCGGCCCCUAACCAGGCAGGAAAGAUUAUCUCCCUGUGCUGGAAUGCGGGGGCACUCGCUGCUGCUUACUACGAUAUCGAUCAACUAGAACUGUACGCAAUACAGCAAGCGAUCGAACCACGGCCCCAGUACGUGCUGCUUAGAGAGCUUGUCCGGCGCUAUCAUCCUUUGUUCUACGUUAUAUCUGGUCCCAGCUGUUUUGUGGAAGAUUGUCGUGAGGUUUUGGACGUUCCAGUAGCUCUUCCGAACCAAUCGGAUGGUUCAGAUUCCACUGCCGUGAACAGAACAAUGUCUACUCAACCCGCAAACGUGAAGACUGUUGAGUAUUCCGCCCAUACACAAUCCGCUGCUAAAAAUCGUUUGCUAGCACUCAAACUUCCAGACAUGCCACCGGAAUCGGAUGAAAACGAGUGCCGAACCUUCCUCGAGAGUAUAAUACCAUUCGAGCAAGAGCUGCUUGUGUGCAGUGUUGGCAAUUUGCUGUUGCUUUUAGAUACCGUAGGCGAUUCCGUGUCAUCGGCGCAGCUAGUGACGAAGAUCAAUCUCAUCACACCCAGCACGCAACUCAUCAUCGAUGGGUUAACGUAUGAAGCGUUGCAGAUAUUUGACACUAGCCGGCAUCCGUCCGGGUUCAAGUGUGGUACCGAUUCGCGGGGACUAUCCGUGUUCAGCUUGUUCAACAAAUGCUCCUCGAAAAAUGGGGAAGAAUGGCUUAGCCGUCUGAUGACGCAACCGGUACGAGACCGGAACGAGCUAGAGCACCGCCUCAACACUGUACAGUGGUUGCUGGCAAAUGUUCGCUACGCGAACCAGUUCGAUCAGUGUUUGAAACAUCUGUCCAAUGUGGGGCUACUGUACCGGAAGAUACUACAAGGAACCGCUCGCAAUACCGAUUGGAAGAUGUUGAAGAAAAAUCUCUACUAUAUGUACUCGCUCUGCAAACUUUGUGCCUUAACACUCGAGGAUGCAAAUACUACGGGAACAGUAGUCCAGCAGCUGGGUCAGUACAUGCGCGAUCCGGGUAACGCGCUGAAACACGUUCUUUACACGAUCGAUAAGUGUUUGGAUCUGGAAAAAGGUGAAGAGGAGAACAAGGUGACUAUUCGUGCCGGCCUAGAUCCUGCCGUUGAUCGAUUGCGCGAACAGUACGACGGAUUGCGGCAAGUCGUGAUGGAAUCGUCUCGACUUGGGUUGGAAACAAUGCAACUGGACAUGGCAAACAUCUGUGUAACGUAUCUACCAUCGUUCGGUUUCGUGAUCAGUACCCAGAUAGAUGAACAACUGCAACGGUCGGGAAUCUUCAAUAACUCCUCCUUUGAUUUAGUAUUCCAAGCAGAGAAUACAGCGUACUUUCAGAUUAACUUAUGCAAAGAGUUGAACGACGAGUUCGGCCAAAUGGUCGCAACGAUGAUUGAACACGAACUUGCUGUACAGACGCGUCUAACGACCUUUGUCGGCACAAAGUUCCCGGAAGUGAUGGGUACAUUCAAGCAGGCAGGCAAACUAGACGCUUUGCUUUCAUUUGCAACCGUGGCAAAGAUGCAUCGCUAUGUGCGUCCAAUAAUUUGCGACGAAAAGGUGUUGCAAAUACAAGCUGGACGGCAUGUUGUGCUAGAACACCGAAGAUCGUACCGAUCGAACGACACGAACGCAGGUGAGACAAAUAGACACCUGCUAAACGUGAUUGCCGCUGAUGCGUCCGUCGGGAAAACAACAUAUCUGAAAGAGUUGGCCAUCAUCUGUUAUCUGGCACAUGUGGGUUCGUUCGUACCGGCUGCGUACGCAAAGAUUCCUAUCCUCGAUUCGAUCUACACGCGGCUCGAUCAUCCGGAAUCGAUAUUUAGCGGCAGAUCUUCCUUCAUGUCGGAACUGUAUCAGAUGUCGAGUUUGCUGCAAAAUGCCACCGCUAAAUCGUUGGUUCUUAUUGACGAGUUUGGCAAGGGCACAAACUAUCUCGAGGGAAAGUCUCUGCUGAUUGGCUCAAUAGAACAUUUGCUCAAACGUGGCCCCAAUGCUCCCAUCACCUUCGUUACAACGAAGUUUACCGGAAUUGAACAGUUUCUACCUACCCAGCACCACCGGUACCUUACGGUGAAGGUACACCGCGAAACUCGAAACCAUUCUCGAAACGGCACCAGCAGUGACACGUUGGACGUGACCUCGAUCGACCCUAGCGAUCCAAACGAGCAACUUAAAUCCACGUACCAGUUGGCGUUUCGUGCCAUUGCCUUUGCCGUAAUGAAACACCAUCAAACGAGUGGCCAAGCACCGACGACGGAAAACAUUCGGCUGUUGAUGGAAUCCACUCCGAUCACGAGGGUACCGGAACGGUGUCUAGAAAUUUCGCAUCAACCACCACGGGCAGUAUCUGACACGGCAUCGAUGACGUUACCAGUGGUGGAGCCUACUGGAAAUCUUAUCGAAAAACGUAACAUUUAAAUUUUUUAGCAUGCCAAACCUCACACUACACCGGUGGUUGAUUACCAGAUAGAUUUUGGGACCGUUUCGUGAAAGGUUCGAACAUGACCUUUACCGAUGGAGAACCUCGACAGACAACCGAUGGCAAAAGGUUGUACGCAAUUGAUCGCGCAAGUAACGCUUCCCAAACCGGCACCAGGGAAGCAUGUACCGCCAUGUGUGCCCCAACCAGGAACGAAAAAGUAUGCCGUCACACAAUCAAUACCCACCGAAAUGGCGCACUGAUUCUGUUUGUUUAUAAUUAAUGAUUUAUUGAUUUUUCACGUUCGCACGCUCAGUGGCAGUGGAUCGAAGGAUGGAUUAUUUGUGGUUGCGUGUGUUGGUGGAAAUAAUAAUUUUCAGCGUAGUGCAGGCAUGGCCGUAGCAUUUAUGCAAGUGCUUGAAAUUGUAUGUUAGCGGAAGGGUGAAGUGUAUGCCAGGAGUUCCACUUUGAUUGAUACCCUUUUGUCUGGCAAGGUCACAUACCGGUUAGGGUGCGCACCCGUGCCGUAUGAAUAUGUUGAAAUAUGAAUGUUGUCAUACAUUUAAAAUUGUUACAUUAAACAUUAAACAUGAAAUUAAACAUUUAAACUUAUUAAAUUGUUCAUAUAUUCACAUUACUCUGUAGGAAGAACAAUCAAAUAAAAAUUUCCCGUAAAUGAUUGAAGAAG